GCUGCCUCCUGCCCGGAGCCGUUCACCCCGCGGCUGCUGCCCCUCUGCCCGCCCGGGGCUGGGGCUCACCGGCCCCGACAUGCGGCUGCUGCUGGGGGCAGCGCUCCUGUGCCUCGGCCUGAGCCCGGGCCACGGCUCCGAGGAGACAGCGCCCGACAGCCCCGGGCACCAGGACCCGCAGGCGGCGGCAUCCUAUUCCGACUGGGGCAUCGACACCAUCCGCGAUGGCUUCGAAGCGGUCAACAGCUACUUCGACUCCUUCCUGGAAUUGCUCGGGGGGAAAAACGGAGUCUGUCAGUACCGCUGCCGAUAUGGGAAGGCUCCCAUGCCACGGCCUCACUACAAACCCCAGGAACCCAAUGGCUGUAGCUCCCAUUUUCUGGGGCUCAAGCUAGACUUGGGCAUCCCUGCCAUGACCAAGUGCUGUAACCAGCUGGAUGUUUGCUAUGACACCUGUGGGGCCAACAAGUACCGCUGCGACGCCAAGUUCCGCUGGUGCCUGCACUCCAUCUGCUCCGACCUCAAACGCAGCCUGGGCUUCGUCUCCAAGGUGCAAGCCUGUGAAUCCAUGGCAGACACGGUGUUCAACGCAGUCUGGACCCUGGGCUGCCGGCCCUUCAUGAACAGCCAGAGGAGCGCCUGCAUUUGCAGCGAGGAGGAGCGCGAUGAGCUGUGAGCAGCAGCAGCCUGCCAGUGUCUGUGAGCCCCUCUGCAGCACAGAGACUCCUGUCAGCCCUGGGAUGGGCUCCUGAGCUGCUGCCAGAGCCCCUCUGCAGCACAGAGACUCCUGUCAGCCCUCGGGAGGGGCACCCAAGCCAAGGCACCCACAGCAGCCUCGGGGCAGGGCAGGGCAGGGCAGAGCCAGCCCAUGGACAGAGGGCAGCCCUCCCAUUGCUCCUUCCCAAGCCCACAGGAUCCCAUGCCAGUUCUCUCCAAGGCAAGCAGGAUGCAGUGCUGCUUAUAAACACAGGACUUACCUUGAAUGCCUGCUAUCACCUCCCCCCGCCGUGUAACUCUCCAAUUUGCAGUGCAAGGCAGUAGGUUUCUGCAAGCCCUGUGAAACUCCCAGUGCAUGGAUAUGCAAUGUACAUUUUUGCACCCCUGGUGGCAGACUGAAGAGGGGUAAUUUGCUUUCAGUGCAUUGUUCACACCCAUCCCUGACACUUUCCAUCCUGUCAUUACACGCCCUGACAACCCUGAAUAUUUAAAUACUUGGUGCACCCUAAACUGAUUUAGGACAUCUGGAGACUUCUUAAGCAUGAGUUAAGGAGAAGGGCUUGAGGUGUUUGUGGUACCAAUUGAUAUUCAGGACCAAAGCCCAGCAUUUAUCAGAUGAGAAAUCACAGCCCUCUCCCCCAGUCUCAGGAGAGGAAGCCACUUUUCUUCUGCCAGUGUCAUCCACAUACAUUUAAUUACUUUUCUCCUGUAGCAUUUAACAAAGCUUUGCCCUCAGGAUCCCUUUUCACACAAAAUGGCUGGGAAUUCAACUCCAUCUCUAGCACAAGCAAAACAGGAGGCUCACAGUGGACGGAUGAGAUAUUCCAAAUUCUGGAGCCUUAUCUGUCAGGUGACAGGACUUAUGUGCUACCUCUGUGGGGCUGCUAUCAGCAGCCUCAGACAUCAUUCCUUCUAAAACGUGGUUAAUGCCCCAUCUGUUAUGGGGAGCUUUUGUUGCAUGCAAAACCAGAAUUUAAAGUGGUGCAUGGCAUUUUGCCUCCACAGAACAUUGGCAGGCAGCUUUCAGCUGGGUUUCUUGUUGGAAGGAAGUUGCUGCUGGGUGUGUGCGUGCCAUGCCACGUAAAUAUUUCAGUGGCUCCUGCAAACAUAUUUAUGGUUAUGUUCUUCCAUCUGCCACAGAGAAGUUAAGGCUGCAAAAGGGUGAUUUAACAAGAGUGGAAAGAGUCUGUCUUGGUUGCUUUUCUUCCAGUUUAAAUGGGUUUAAAAUGUAUGCAUGGAGAUAUAAAUUAUUUAAGCCCUGUUCCUGUUCCUGCCAGUCAUCUUUGCCUUACAGUGAACAGCAAGGAGACGUUCAGCUGGCCCCAAAUGGGCCGGAACAGCAAGAGCCCCCUGGUACCCAGACCAGGAAAAUGGAAGUGACUGCAUGGGGUGUACUGGGAUGUUUAAAUCACAGAGGACCUCAACACUGCUCAGAUGCAACGACAGCCUUUCCUACCUGGGCUAAUGCCACUGGAGAGGGAAUUCUGCAUUGCUGAGGUUCACUGCUCUGUCAGAGCAUGAGGCCGGACAGACAACCUUGAUUAUCCAGCUAAGAAACACCUACUUUUGGCUAGGGAUGGGAAGGAAACAUUCCUCAUUCCAGACACUGCCCAAACUUUGUAUUUUGCUGGUGAAAUAGUGCCUGUGGCCAGUUUAAAUGUGAACCUACUCCUAUGAUUAAAUGACAAAAAAGAAGUUAAAAUAUCUAUAUUGUCUACAUUCAAUAGCUGACUGCAUGGCAAAUAUCUUAAAUUACCUUAUAGUUCAAGUGAUAUCAGGUUAAAGCCAAGCAACUGCUAGCAGGUGAUGCCAUAACACUGGAGAAAUCAAAGAGUUCUGAACAAAAUCUCUGAACCCAGACUCUGAUGUGCUGGAGAUGUUGCCAACAUAAAUCAUCAUUUCUCCCUGCUUUCAGACCACCAUUGAUCCCAAAACCCUAGAGACUGCUGCAAGCAGGCCAGCCACUGAAUCGGUUCAUUUUUUACUGUGCUAAUCUGAAAAACUCCACCAGCAGCUCUACGAGGAAAUAUUUGAACUUUCAAGUGGUGGCAGUGACUCUGGCAAAGCAGCAGAUAAUCCUGUGCAGGAGCAAACCAGAGCACGAACCCAGGAAAACUGCAACCAAACUAAAAACUGCUCCCCCUCCGUGCCACUCCUGCUAUCCAGUGAUGUACAGCCAUGGAAGCAGCUGAUCACAGCAUUCUCCAGGUUGCUGCAUGAACCUUGGGUCAUCUUCAAUUCCACCCUGCUCUGGACACAAAGACUCUGCUUUGCCCAUCCUGUGGCUGCCUCUUGACUUUGUGCAUCGGUAGGAUUGGUUUCAGCUGCAGAGUGGAAAAGCUGCUUCAUGUGAAUUCAUCAGGAAGAACCAAAUAAUGUGCACAAUAACUGAAAUAAGCCAAGAAAGGAACUUCUCCCUCCAUCACUCCCCCUACAUCUCUUCUAUAUAAACAAGCAAGAUCAGUUCAUUCUCCAGAAGGCACCAGAUAAUUAAUUUCAUUUCCCAGCUCUUGUUUUAUCAAAACAAAUAUAUUUAGCAGAGGCUGCCUGAACAAAGAAGUGACAGUGGGAAACUUCCCCUGUGGUCCUAAUGCAGAUGUGAAUCAGCAGAACAGCAAUCCUAGGAGAAGCCUUCUUCCUUUCUUUUUCUUUCACAUAUAGUUGGAUAACACACAGAGUAUCUUUCCAUUUAUACCUACUUAUCAUCAUAGAGAUAUUUUUGUUUACUCUAACAUGCUCACAUGUAUUUCCAAGAUUGGAAAAGCAGCCAUGAAGCUAUUUUAAAAAAUUA